AUGGAUGAGGGUCUGAUCCGCGAAAUCCGAGUUGACAGGAUCAAGCAAGCCCAAGAGGAAGAAGUCUGGAUCGCCGGCAUGAAGAAGUAUCUGAGUGGUUCGAUUGCGGAUCUCACCCAAGCGGAAGCAAGAUCGUAUGGCAAGAUCGCGGCUGACUAUGCGACGUAUCCGUUCCAGAUUAUCGCGAUGGAUCACAUACCGUCUCUACCCAAAUCUCACAAGGGGAACACAGAAUUAUUGAUCUGGGUCGACCUGUUCACGGGGUAUGUGAUCGCGAAGGCCAGGUCGUCUCGAUCGGCCCGGACGGUUGCAGAAUCGUAUGAAGAGUGUGUGUUUCGGCGAGUUGGUGCCAGUGAGAUGAUCCGGCAUGAUCAAGAACCCGGCUUCAUGUCUGAUUUCUUCCGGGCGUUUAACAAGAUUUUGGGACAGCGGCAGCGGGCGACGAUGGCAUACCGUCCACAGGCCAACGGGACUGCUGAGAGAAUGGUGCAGACCGCGACCAGAGCGCUCAAGAUGUACGUUCGCGAUCUGGAUCAGAAGGAUUGGGACGAAUAUGCUGAGCGCCUCACCUUCGCGAUCAAUACGGCUCAUGAUCGGAUCCGAGGAGAUACCCCCACUUUUUGGUUCAUGGGUGGGAUCCGAGAUCGACCCUGGAGGGUACACUGCCGGUCGGAUGUACGAGACGACCAGAUCGAGAUGCGCGGCGGUGGCGUUAUCGAGUCUAACGAUACUAUCAACAAUCCCGAGAACAAGUCAACGCUAGAUUGA